UGUUUAUGAGUUGUUUUUAACAAUAGUUUUCGUUCUCAGACUUUGAUUAUUUCCUCCACCAGCUGAGUGGAAGAUUUUUCUAUCACUUUCUCCCUCUGUUUUUCAAAUAUGUCUUUCUAGAUGGGUGUGUUUGCUUUAAUGCGAAUAUUCAUUAACUGAGUGGCCGAUAGGAAUGUGAGGGGAGAGGAAAAUGGGCGGGCCAAAAAGGAGGUGGGGGAAUAGAAAACGGAGACCGUCAGCCUAGAGUUGGUUUCCAAAAUUGAGGGGGAGAAAAGCGAAGUGUGGGAAAGGAAAGUCGGGAAGACUGCUAUCUUUUUUCAUGGUUCAUUGUUAAAACUUGGAAACCAAAAAUGAGUCCUUUGGAACAUGAGGCUUCUAAGAGGUACUGUAUAAGAACAAAGCAUGUGGUCAUUAUUUGUGCUGUGGUGGUUGUUGUGGGAUUAAUAGUAGGACUUUCCGUGGGACUAUCUUGCAAGACAUCUGAGGAUUCUGGACAAACUCCCACCGUCCCGGGCUCUUCAACUCCUGGACCUUCAACUCUCCCUCCACAUGAGGCCAUUCCUUGCCCUGCCAAUGCUGAUGAAAGUGGUCAGUGGACAAAUUUCCGACUGCCCGAAUACAUCAAACCUGUGCACUACGACCUGGAGAUGAAACCUGUGAUGGAAGAGGAUACUUACACAGGCACAGUCACCAUCCAUAUCAAUGUGACAGAACCCACCAAACAUCUUUGGCUGCAUAUCCGGGAGACAUGGAUCACCAACCCCUCUCCAGUGCUAAAGAAAUCUUCAGGUGAGCAGGUCCCAGUGAAGCGGUGCUUUGAGUACAAGAAGCAAGAAUAUGUGGUGAUUGAGGCUGAGGAAGAACUGCCUCGAAACGUUGGAGGAAGCACCUAUCUCCUGACCAUGAACUUCAAAGGCUGGCUGAAUGGCUCCCUUGUUGGGUUCUAUCGGACCACCUACACAGAGAAUGGAAUAACCAAGAGCAUAGCAGCUACAGAUCAUGAGCCAACGGAUGCACGGAAAUCAUUUCCUUGUUUUGAUGAGCCCAACAAAAAAGCAACUUAUAACAUAUCUAUCAUCCAUCCAAAAGAAUACAAUGCACUUUCAAAUAUGCCAGUGGAGAGAGAAGAAGAUGUGGAUGACAAAUGGAAAAAAACCAUUUUCAGGAAGUCUGUUCCAAUGAGCACAUAUCUGGUGUGCUUUGCUGUACAUCAAUUUACGAGUGUGAAUAGAACUUCAGCUAGUGGAAUUCCUCUCAGAAUCUAUGUCCAGCCACUUCAAAGAGAAACAGCUGAAUAUGCUGCAAACAUCACCAAACAUGUAUUUGACUAUUUUGAAGAGUAUUUUGCAAUGAAUUAUUCCCUUCCAAAAUUAGAUAAAAUAGCCAUUCCAGAUUUUGGCACUGGUGCUAUGGAGAAUUGGGGUCUUAUUACAUACAGAGAAACCAAUUUACUUUAUGAUCCUCGGGAAUCAGCCUCUUCAAAUAAACAGAGAGUGGCUACUGUUGUGGCUCAUGAACUUGUUCACCAGUGGUUUGGCAACACUGUGACCAUGGAUUGGUGGGAAGACUUGUGGCUAAAUGAAGGAUUUGCUUCUUUCUUUGAAUUCUUGGGAGUAGAUUAUGCAGAAAAAGAUUGGAAAAUGCGUGACCAGAUGUUACUUGAAGAUGUUUUGCCCGUGCAGGAAGAGGACUCCUUGAUAUCUUCUCAUCCAAUUGUUGUAAAUGUGACAACUCCUGCUGAAAUAACCUCUGUAUUUGAUGGAAUAUCCUAUAGUAAGGGAGCCUCCAUUCUUAGAAUGCUUGAAGACUGGAUAACUCCAAAGAACUUUCAACUUGGAUGUCAACAAUACUUGAAGAAAUAUAAGUUUGGAAAUGCAAAAACAGAUGAUUUUUGGAAGGCACUGGAAGAGGCAAGUAAUAAACCGGUGAAAGAAGUAAUGGACACAUGGACUAGGCAGAUGGGUUAUCCUGUUUUGAAUGUAAUAGAUAAUCAUAAGCUAAAACAGAAACGUUUCCUGUUGGACCCCAAAGCAGAUCCUUUGCAGCCACCUUCUACUCUUGGUUACAAAUGGAAUAUCCCAGUUAAAUGGUCUGAAGAGAACAACAAUAAUUUUACAUUCUACAAUAUGUCAGAGAAGGAAGGAAUCAUUUUGAACUCUAGUGGAAAAGAUUUUCUGAAAAUAAACCCAGAUCAUAUUGGAUUUUAUCGUGUAAAUUAUGAAGUAUCAUCUUGGAACAUGAUAGCUCUGAAUCUUUCCAGCAACCACUUGGCAUUUUCUUCAAGUGAUCGGGCAAGUUUUUUUGAUGAUGCCUUUGCUUUGUCAAGGGCCAAUCUUCUAAGUUACAGUGUUUCUCUGAAUCUGACCAAGUAUCUGAAAAAUGAAACUGACUACUUACCAUGGCAGAGAAUUAUAUCAGCACUAUCUUAUGUGUCCAGCAUGCUUGAAGAUGAUACAGAGUUGUAUCCUUUGCUUAAGGGAUACCUCCGCAGUCAAGUGAAGCCUUUGGCAGAUUCUCUGGGUUGGAAAGAUGAAGGAAACCAUCUUGAAAAGUUACUUCGUGCUUCAGUCCUAGGGCUAGCAUGCAAGGUGGGGGAUACAGAUGCAUUGAACAAUGCUUCUGAAUUAUUUAAGCAGUGGCAAAAUGGAGUGAGUCAACCUGUGAAUCUCCGACUUCUGGUGUACCGAUAUGGAAUGCAGAACUCAGGUGAUGAAGCUUCAUGGAACUACACUCUCUCACAGUACCAGAAGACCACUCUAGCACAAGAAAAAGAAAAAUUACUUUAUGGAUUAGCAUCUGUGAACAACAUAACUCUUUUAUCAAGGUAUCUAGAUCUUCUCAAGGACUCUAAUCUCAUUAAAUCCCAGGAUGUGUUUACUGUUAUCCGAUAUAUUUCAUAUAAUAACUACGGCAAGUACAUGGCCUGGGACUGGAUACGAUUCAACUGGGAGUAUUUAGUCAACAGAUUCACUCUGAAUGACCGAUACCUUGGCAGAAUUGUGACUAUAGCACAGCCUUUCAACACUGAGUUCCAGCUCUGGCAGAUGGAGACCUUUUUUAAAACAUACCCUGAAGCAGGAGCAGGAGCAGCUCCUCGAAAGACAGUUCUGGAAACAGUGAAGAAUAACAUUGAAUGGUUGAAACUUCAUAGAGAAGAAAUCAAAGGGUGGCUGCUUGAUUCUACCUCUUGAAAAACUAAGGAAAUUUAAAAUAUAUUUUAAUUUGAUAAAUUUAUCAUUGAAUAGAUUAAUUAAUUCUUUAAGCAAUUAAGAAGCUGAUUUCAGAAACACUAAAAACACAAAUAAUGAUGCUUGCUAGAAGAUGUGUGUGUGUGUGUGUGUAUACAUGCACUCACAUGCGUGUGUGCAUUCCUGCUUCUAACAGUUUUUCAAAGCUUUAAAAAAAAAAAAAGACCCUUUGUUUUUGAAGGAAGAUACUAGCAGAGUAUUGUAUGAACUCAGGGAUUCCUUCCGAGUGUAUUUUAUAGGAGAUCCUUUACACCCUGAAGAGAUUUGAAUAGUCAUUUAAUGUCUUUAAGGAUCAUUCCUUACAUCCUGUGGAGGGAAAGGAACAUUUUAGUCUUAGCUUUUACAUUCUUAGGACCAAAGAAACACCACUUAAUCUUCUCUCCUGAUUGAUUUUUAAAGUUUAAAUACUGGCACUUGAGGGACCAAUAUCACCAUCUUAAUCUUUAUUUUAUUAUUCAGAAUCCUAAGACCUAAUUUCAUUUUAUUCACAUUUGUCUUACUACUUUAAAUCCUGUCAAAGUAACUAGAGCUUAAGUCAGACUCAAUGAGUGCAUGAAUUAACCAGAGGAGUAGUGAGAGUUGCCUUCAUUUUCCACAAAAUCAACAAGAGAACUCUACAUUCCUUUUUAAAUAAAGAUGAAAAUUUACCUCAAAAAUUUUCAAAUAUGAUUUU